UAUUCCGCCCCCAACUCUUCUGAAGCCCCCUUCUCUUCCGCUUUCUAUUUACUUUCCUUGUUUUGCCUUGCUGUUGCAGAUAUUUUGUUCUGUAUCUCUGAAGAAGCUCCGGCUUUAAUCUGAAAGCAAGCUUCCCACUUAAUGGGAUUCUGAUUUUCCGAGCCCAAAAUUUAGCACCCAUUUGCUCUUUCAUCUUUCUUGAUUUCAGGGCUUGUCCAGUAUUGCUUUCAAAGUUGGGUUUUUUUUUUUCUCUUUUUUUUUCUCGGUUGGUUCAAAUCCCACCACCCGUGUCAAAACCCUGUCGAUUUCUUGUAUUUUCCUUCGGAGAUCUCUGCUACAGUGCUACUUGAAUCUCAGAAAACAUCCCAACUCUUGCAUGCUGAGUUGGAGUUUCUGAGACUAUUGCGAACUCCAUAUCACAAUUAUUUUUUGUCACACGCUGGUAGUUUUUACAAGGAUUAUCUUAAUGCUCAACAUCUUGUUCUUGAUGUUUGAGAUUCAUGUUUCCAAUUCUGUCUGAAAUCCUCCUCUUCGGGUGUAUGAUAAAUUCCACAUUCAGGCGCAGGACCCACUUAGUUCAAUCAUUCUCAGUUGUGUUCCUUUACUGGUUGUACUACGUUUCAUGAUUUUUCGCCUCUCGAUCUCUGAUUAUUAGGCUUUAAUAUUGUAGCUAUAUUGCCAUAAUCUAAAAUAUUAGUUUUUUCGUAUCUGGGUCCUGUUUAUCUCUCUUAAAUCUACUCUUACUGUGAUACGUCUGCAAAAAAUAUUGUGCUUCAUGGCUUCGUCUAGUGGGACAUCUUCAGGGUCAACUUUGAUCCACAACUCGGGCUCUGAGGAGGAUUUGCAAGCUUUGAUGGAUCUGAGGAAGAGGAAGAGAAUGAUAUCGAAUCGAGAAUCGGCAAGACGGUCUCGGAUGAGGAAACAGCAGCAUUUGGACGAACUGACGGCCCAGGUGGCUCAGCUCAGGAAGGACAACCACCAGAUCAUAACAAGCGUGAACUUCACCACCCAGCAGUACAUGAGUAUCGAGGCUGAAAACUCAAUACUCAGAGCUCAAGUGGGUGAGCUUAGCCACAGAUUGCAUUCCCUGGACGAGAUCAUCACUGUCUUGAAUGCUAGCAAUGGGGUCUUUGGAGCUGGGGUCUCAAGUACCUUCACUGAGCCAAACGAUAGCCUUUUGAAUCCAUUGAAUCUGUCAUAUUUGAGCCAGCCUAUUAUGGCAACUGCAGACAUGUUUCAGUAUUAGUCUUGGUGUGCUUCUAGUGUUUUAAUGGAGUAAAAGAGAGUUUUUUUUUUUGGAAUGUUGGUUUUAGUGUCUAGCCUAAUGUUCAGGGAUAUCUCUAUAUGGUGGUGGUAAGGAAUAAACAAUGUAUUAAUGUAAUGUAUGUGUCCACCAUAUGAUGUAUGUUAUGUAAUUCGGUGUGUAAAAUUGGGCUGUUAUUUUUAUAAUAAUAUUGGCCAUGUUUUCGUCAUAA